AUGGUACGACCCACACUGAUUUUGCUUCUCGCUACGGCGGCCCUACUGACUGUCUUCGCUCAUGAAUGUCGUGUCAAGGAUUACCCGAUGUGAGUUGUGUUUUUUGUGGUAACGGGGUUUGUAUUUGUGGUAGGGUUACUGUAGGAUAAGGUGGGGUUGCUGUGGAGUAAGGUGGGGUUACUGUAGUAAGGUUUUGAAAAAUGAUUGGAAAAGGUCUGGAAAGCUUUCACUUUGAUCACUUGAAAGCGUUGUAGCUACAGUACUACUGCUUCGAUUACAAUAAUUUUAGUCUUAUAUUAAACCCUAGACUCUACGCUUAUAUUACUGUAGAAAUGGUGACCUUAUAUUUACUAUCGUACCUACAGUAACUUUUUUUAUUUUUGAAAGUUUUUGAAAAAGAUGCCUGAUUUUGUCUAUUUCAAAAGUUUGUAGCUACAGUACUACUGCUUCGAUUAUAAUAAUUUUAGUCUUGUAUUAAACACUAGUUUCUGGGCUUAUAGUACUUUAAAAAUAAUGGGCAUAUAUCUACUAGCAUAUCUACAGUAACCUAUUCUUUUCUUUAUAUUUGCGAAUUUUGCUAAUAGAUGUCUGCUUCUGUAGAGUUUAAAAACUUGUAGCUACAGUAAUCCUGCUUUGGUUACAGUAAUGUUGGGCUUAAAUUAAAGGCAAAACUCUAGUCGUAAAUUACCGUAACAAUGAUAUGUUUACAUGCACUCCCGUAUCUACAGUAACCAAUUAUUUUCAGUGUUCUUGAACUCUCCAAAUGUACCAAACUGUACACGGAGGCCUUCAGCAGUAUCAACAGCUCCAGAUUGGAGUUCAUUUUGAUUGGAAAGCCGGCCGAUUUGGGAGACAGCCCGUUGGUGAUCGGCGAGUACAUCUCCGCUUGGGACGACAUCAACUACAACACCAAGCUCGGCUAUGAAACCAACACAUCCAAGUUAUACAUCGAGUACUAUGAUCGAGGUGGGUUUUGGCGUUGGAAAGAAAGUUUUGGUCAUUUUUUGGUUUGUAAAGAAAGUUUUUGUAAUUUUAUGUUUUGUAAAUAAAGUUCUUGCCAUUUUUUGUUUUUUUAAGAAAAUUCUUGCCAUUUUCAGCCACGGAGACCAGUCGAAAAACUAUUUUUGAAAAGUUGGAUUUGGACGAUGAAAACGAGAACAUGCACUUGUUCCUUCAGCUCUUCCAAGGCAAGAUUGUGUACGGAAUGGCACAUACCAGUGACAAUGCAAGCGGCCUGUACGAAAUUACCAAUGAGGAUGUGCACAGGGUAAGUUGUGUCAUUUUACGAUAUUUUUGUUUUUUGGUACUGAUGGUACUACUGGGACUGUUGGUACUACUGGUACUGAAAAAAUUUUAGUAUUUGUUCAAUUUGUUGGUGUUGCAAUUAUUUUUUGUAUAAAAAGAGGAUUUUGGUACUAAUGGUACUACUGGUACUGUUGGUACUUUUUGGUAUUCAAAAGUAGUCGUGAGUUUAUAAUUAAGAGGUUAAGCUAUUUAACCAUUAAAUUUUAACUUUUGGUGUUUGUGGUGCAGUUGGUACUACUAGUACUAGUCAUAUUUUUUGGUAGGUACUACAAGUACUAUGUGUCUUUUUUUGGUACUAACUUAAUACCUCUAGCUGGAAGACAUUGAACUGUACAACCUGUACACACAGCUAUGGUACGAAGACGUGCGCCAGUACAUGUUCAGCAUUAAGUCGGAAGUGCCGUUUGAGAUGCAACUCAUGAACCAUUACUGGAUCAACCGCGACCUGGUCGACCCGGACGUGAUUGUUCCGCAUUUGAUCCCAUUGGAUUUGAUGGGUGUUGAUGUUUACAAUGGCUGGGAGUGUGUGUGGUGCUGGAUCGCCUUCAUUUUGGCUCUGUUUUGGUGGGUUUUUGUGGGUUUUGUGGUGCAAGUGGUACUAAUGGUACUGUUUUUGAUUUUUUGAUAGCUUUUAUUGAUUUUGAAGGUAGGGUAGCUUAAAUUUUGGAUUUUUGAAAAAAAAAUGUUUUUGGUACUAAUGGUACUACUGGUACUGUUGUUACUAUUGAGAGUAUUUAUGCUGGUUUUAGUCGAUUUUAAAAUUAGGGUGAUUCAACUUUUGGUUUUUUGAAAAUUUUUUAUUUUUGGUACUAAUGGUACAACUGGUACUGAUGGUACUAAAAAAUUUUUUUUUGUUUAUUUUAAUCGAUUUUAAAAUUAGGACAGCUUAGAGUUUGGCUUUAAAACAAAUUUUCAUUUUUGGUACUAAUGGUACUACUGGUACUAACUUUAAAAUUUUAGCGGUUUAUGCUUUGGAUCAUCGUGCAUCCUCUUCAUCGCUUUUUCGGUGUACAAGAAGAAGGCCAAUGAUUUGAACGAUCAACGUAUCCGUGCCAUCAAGAACGCCAACAAGAAAGGCAAAUCAGGAAAAUCCGAGAAGGAUGGACCUCCAGGCUCGUCCCGAACCGGCAGUGACACCAACUUGGAGAGUAACAAGGUGGGGAUUUUUGGGCUGUUUUUAAAAUUUAAGGCUUUAAAGGGGGUCAAAAUUGGCUUAAAAUUUGAAAAAAAAAAUUGGUAUUAUUGGUUCUAAUGGUACUACUGUUCUUAAUGGUACUAUUGUUCUUUAUGGUACUAUUGGCCAUUAUAGUUCUAUUGGUCCUAAUGGUACUAUUGAUCAUAAUAUUACUAUUGGUCCUAAUGGUACUACUGGUUCUAAUGGUACCAUUGGGACUUUUCAAUUUUUUUAAAAUUUUUAUUUUUGAUUAGUUUCUACGUUUUAAAAUUUUAAAAUUUCAGUCCAAAUCCAAGAAGGGCAAGUCGAAGAAGGGAAAGGGCAAGAAGGAGAGCAGGAAGGACAGCAAGAAGGACAAGAAGAACAGCAAGCAGGAUAAGAAGAACAGCAAGAAAGACAAGAAGAACAGCAAGAAGGACAAGAAGAAGGACGGCAAGAGCAAGAACGAGAAAAAAUCUAAAAAGUAG